CUUGUCGCUGCUUUGCGUGGCAGCACUUACGGUUAAAUAAAAUUAAAAUAAAGGUUACAAAGAGAGAGAGAGAGAGAGAGAGAAAAGUGAAAAACUUGCUACUACUGCUGUAAAUAAGAAGAUAAUCGUAAUUCAUACAAAAGAAGGAGGAAGAUAUGUCUCUAUUUCCAGCUUAUUCGAGUGAUACACAUGAAUCAACGAGCGACCACAACACCACCAUAAAUGACAUUUCCACAAAUUGGUUAUCAAAUUCAAGCUUUCAAACGCAAGUGUCACUUAAAAAAGAGCUAAGAGCUAAAGAGCUUGAUUCUUCAUCCGAUGAAUCUGUAAAUAAUAUAUCUAAUGCAAAAGAACAGUUAAAAUGUAAAACAGGUCUCUGUGAUGUGAAAAUACCUGGGAAACAGGAAGAGAUAAAAAUAAAGAGAGCAAGGAAGACAGAAAAAAGGAAGCAUGUAUACGAUAGUAAACGAAACAAGCCUACCUAUGAACAAAAUGUUGAGAAUAUAUACUUUGAAGAUAAGUACAGGGAUAAGGGAAAUAGUAAUAUAGAUACAUUUUGCUCGAGAGUGAGACCGUUUUACGAUAUUAGUGAAAAAACUAUGGGCUUUGCCAAGUACAAACAACCAAAAAAAGACAUAUUUCAUAGAUACUAUGUCAAGAAUGUUGACUCUGCUGCAACAUCGAAGAAAAAGGACACGGUUAUUAGAAGAACAAGUGAGAAAGAAGUUGCAAAGGAUGAAGAGGCGGAUGAGAGUUUUUAUUCCUGGUGUAAGAACAUAGACGAGGAACAAAAGUGCAAAACUCGAGAAUAUAAUGAACAGCUGGUGGAAAAUCCGUAUAACGUUGACCUUUGGUUGCAGUACGUCGACUUUCAGGAUUCUCUAGUCUAUCAACGAAAUCAAUUAACUAAAAACGUACAUCGUUUGACAACAUUGAAAAAACUGUCUAUUGUCGAAAAGGCACUCGAGAAAAAUGCAGAUUCAAAGGAAUUAUUAAAAUUAAAGUUAUGCUUUAUGUCGGAAUUAACUCCUUCCGAUGAACUCUCGAAUCAGUUGGAAGCAUUGAUCAAUAAAGAUUUGGGAAACAUUCUGCUGUGGCAACACUUCAUUAUGGUUACGCAAGGUUCAGUAGCAAUGUCUACCGUUCCACGAGUUUUGGAAUUGUAUACGAAAUGCUUUUCCGUCUUGAAACAGCGCUCGAGAAUGAAUCCUUCUGUUUGUGAUGCACAGUUACUGCAAAUGCUACAUCACUGUAUGAUUUUCUUGAGGCAUACAGGAUUAUGGGAACAAAUGUGGGAAACGAUACGUCUAAAUCUAAAUUUGAAUUUGAAUUUAGAUAAAAGCAGAUUAUCUUUUCAAGGAUCCAUAGAUGAAAAGAAGUUAAUUGAGAUGGAAGAAAUGAUAUUAAUGUCGCGAUUGCCUCUUAAUCAACUGUGGCAAAGGACCGAAUCAUUGAGAGAGAACUGUCACUGGAUUAGUGCCAGUAGAGACGAAUUAGAGUUGAUAGGAGAUGCUCGAAGAUUUGUUCUGCCAGAAGACGUAGCAGACUUUGUGCAUCCAGUUCUCUCACAUAAUUCAAAUUUUCAAAUAGCCAUACAUUCUCUAUUGUGUCUGAAAGUACCGCUGCUACCUUGUCGAGAUUGUUAUAUGAAAGAAUUGCAAUUAAAAGAUUUUGAUUGGGGAGUAGAAUCCGUAGAAGCAUUACUCCCAUUCGCGUAUCCCAUGGUAGGUGAAAUGGCUGGUCAUGACCAGAGGAGAGAAUUACUGAGAGGUAUUCUUGAGGGACGUUUGACAUCGGGUCCCCAAUAUCUCACGUUUCAUCCAGCGCAAGAACCAUAUUUAGAUUUCGUACGUAAAAUAUUUCAUACGAUUGCGGAAAGUUUACCCUCGUCGCAUCGCACGAGUACGUAUGUUUGGUGGUUGCGACUGGAAAGGCUGUUGGUCUCCCUCGGCAAAAACCAACACUUGAAGCACGACAACAAAGCAAAGAAAUUGAAAGCAACGUUGAAAGAGUUCCUAAAGAAGAAUGAAAAUCGCAACAACUUGUACUUCUACAAGGAGUACGCUUUGAUAGAACUAGAAAUGGACAGGUUCAGUAGCUGCAUCAACAUUCUCGAGACUGCCAUUCAGUCUCGAGAAGCGUGCCCUUCCGCGGUUACCAACAUCAACGAGAGAGCGGCGCUGUUCAGCCUCUACAGAACGUUCAUAGAGGUCUUGCUCGACAUUAGGACGUACGACGAAUCGCACAGACAAUGGGCACUAAAGAUCUUUGGCCAGAUGAUACCUAACAAGUGCGAGAAUCAAGACUCGUUGGUCGAGAUAUAUUUACAUUCGUGCGUGCAAGAUUUCCUACGCACUUCCCCCGAUCGAAAUGAUGACGAAAAUAUUUUCUUUCUCUCGAGCUUGGAAUGCGAUACUAUUAUAUGCUACGUCUAUUUCCUCUACGUCAAAGACGGUAAUAAUAUUCAAACUGUCAUCCAAGUAUUGAGAAACUGCAUUCAUCAUUCCAAAGAAUGUCCUUAUUUGCAGGAAAUGCUGUACGAAAGUCAAGUGGCAAUAUUGCAGUUGCAUUAUGAACGGACUGAGGAUUUACGCGAUACGUUGAAAGAAACAUUAAGCAGAGCUUUAAAUGCAUAUCCGGAUAACUUUUAUAUUCUAUCUGUCUUCGCUGGUAUGCAGAGUGAAUUGCCAAUCCGAAGAUUCAAUAGCAGAAAUACUAGUGUCCUUUUAUGGCAAGCUGUUGUCACGUGCUUGGCUGCUCGCAGACGUAUUGAUCUGAUGAAAUUCGAUCAAGCAGUGGCAAUGAAUGCUGCAUUGAACAAACUUUUAUCAUUUCAUGCAACGCUUUCCAAGAUACCAUCAAUCAGACGCUGCCCGCUAUUGUGGAGACUGUACAUGCUGCUCCUUCGCGAGCAUGAUUUGUGUGAAAAAAAGGGAGAGGAAGUUUAUCACGAGAGUGUCACACAAUGUCCGUGGGCAAGGAGCGUUUACAUAGAUGCGGCUGAAGUGGCACCUCAAUUGCUUACACAAAUUCAAGACGUAAUACGUGAGAAAGAACUGAGGAUGCACGUCACGCCUGAGGAAUUGGAUAUUUUGCGUGGAUAGUGUCGAUUGUCAGCUAAAAUAUCCAAAGGAAAAAUUCUAGAAAUGUAUACAAAAAUGUAUAUAGAGAAAUAUAUUCUUUAUAAUAUUAUGUAAACUUCAUAUGAUAUGUGAUUUCACUAUUUAUGAUAAUAUAUAGCAAUCUUAAAAUAAGCUUGUAUUUGUGAAUAAAUAAAUAAGCUUA